ACAAGUUGAGAGGUAGUGAGAAGCAAUUAGUGGCAUGUGUGUAACUUCGCCGAAGAAAAGCACAGCGUAAACCUGAGCAAACUACCAGAGAAUAACCUUAGGAUAAUUCAAUUUAAGUGGAUUUUGGAGCCUUUCGAGUCCCACUAUUCACGUUUUUAAUAUGGAAACAUUACUGCAUAUUUUGGAGAACCAAACCUGUUCACAAUAUUAAGCUAAUUAUUUUUUUCACAAAGGGAUUUUUUUGUUUCAUCAUUCCAAAAAAAAUGUUUUUUUUAAAUAGAGAAUAAUUAAAGUUUGGAUUUAGACCGACAAAAUAUUUGUUGACACGUGAUAUUCAAACUUUGUAUAACAGGAACGCAUAAGUACAUGUCAGCUAUACAACAAAAUUGUAUGAACGAUUUGCAAGCCACAUGAAUUUUAUUAUUUUUUCCUUCAGGUUUUGAUUAGGUUUACUAUCACAGCUCGCUACUGAAAGCUACAUGACGAUGCAGUCAUUCCCUCGUCGUGGUCGCAUUGAGGACUCGCGUUGAGGACGCGUCAAGUAGAAACUGAAAUAGCUGCUGUAGCAGUUUUUUAUUUUUCAUUUUUUGGCAGGAUUCCUUUUAAUUUGAAUUUUAAAAAACACUAGUAAAUAUUGCAUUUCCGCUUUUGGUGGAUUUAGUGCUUUAGCUACUUGCAGCCCUUGGACAACUGGAUGAGAAACACGAAAUGAAACUUUCUGCCAACAUCAUCCCGAUUGUAGCUGCUCUCCUGCUUCAGUUUCCACCUGCUCAGAGUCUUCCUUUAUCCAGUGCAAACAGGACCUCUGGAGUGAUGCUGUUCCAGGAGGUGUGGGGGCGGAGCUUCUGCCGCACCAUCGAGAAGCUGGUGGAGGUGGUCCAUGAGUACCCUGGGGAGGUGGAGCACAUCUUCAGCCCCGCCUGUGUGCCCCUGGUCCGCUGCGCUGGCUGCUGUGGCGAUGAGAAGCUGGAGUGCCACCCCACUCACACCUCAAAUGUGACUAUGCAGCUGCUGAAAAUCAAACCAGCAGGAGAGGAUCAGGAAUAUGUUGAAAUGACUUUUGUGGAGCACCAGACAUGUGAAUGUAGACCCAGAAAAGAUAUACAGAAGAAUGGAAGCUUUUUCCUCAACAGGCGGAGGCCAAGAGGAAGAGGUAGGAAGAGAAAGGAAAGACAGAGAAUGAAAGACUGUGACAAGUGUCAGCCUCCUCGCAGGUAACUGUAGCCACGCCUCUGUCGCUACCUGGUUCCCUAUUUAUUCUCCGUUCAGCGCUAACAGCAUCGACAGUCUUCUAAGCACUUUUCGGAUAUUGUCCACGCGCUGCGCCGGGGACACAAGCGCAAGGGUUACUGCGGUGAUGCGCCCCGCUCCCGCAGGGGGACUGUGGCAACCGUAGAACCCCGGAAAGUCACAGUCAGCAGGGCGGACGAGCCUCAAGUCACCUGACUUGACAAGGAGGAGCAGCGCAAUGAAAGCCCACGCUCAAGGGUGGAGACUGAUAAAGCAACCUGGAGGACUGUGAUUUUUUUUAUUUUUAUUGCUGUUGUCAUUUGUUUUUAUAUACAUUUUUCCAUUGUUAUUAUUGUUAUAUUCUAUUAUUGUUGUUGAUUCGGUCUGUCUGACCCCAGUAUUUAUUAUUAUGAAUAGAGGAAGUAGAAUGAUAUUUUAAUGGUGAUCAGUGCAGAGCCUUUCCAUGGACUGUCUUGACAUUACACGAUGGGGAACAAUAAUGUGUAGCAAUUAAGGACCUUGAAGACUGCAAGAUGUUGACACCACUUCUUACCUUUCUGUGGAGAGGAUGAGCAAUGUCAUGAGGCUUCUUUUUAGCAGCAAUGGCUGACUGCUCUUUUCUUCCAGUAGCAGGAGACCUAUAAAUUCCCGUUUAUAUUUGAAAAAUGGUGAGAAAUAACAUAAGUAAAGUAACAACAAAAUGUAUGAGAAUAAACACAAUACAAAGUUUUCUGAAUUGUAUUAGCUUUAUAUGUUGUUGAACAAACCAUAUGGAAAGUUAAUGCAAAAUUAUAUUGACCAAUUAUUAUCCUUGUUAGGAGUGAUCCUUGUUAGUGCUGCUGCAGUAAGUUGGCUCCAUCUAGUGGCCGUGAUGUUAUACUGUAACAAGUAUUCACUUAUUUGAAGAGUCACAAAGCAGUUACACGGAUAACCGCAUGUGAAAAGUGUAUUAUUUAAGUAUUUUGAUUUUGGCUUUAGGGAUCACAACACAACAAAAUAUUAGAAAUGCUAAAUAUGCACAAAAAUAAUUUAAAGACUAGACGUGGCUGAAACAUGUCAAAGGAGUUUAAAUGUGUCUUAUUUCAGUCUAUCUGUUGUACUGUUAUAAGGCUACAUGGUUACUUCAUCUCAUAUUAAGUUGUUACAGAUUUCAGUUAAAACAAUGUGCAAAGAAAUGCAUCAUUUAGUGUGUAAUGGGUGUUCCACCUAGAUGGGCAAUGAAAGGAAAUCUAUAGGAAAUUGCUUUAAGUUUUGAAUGGAAAAUAAGGGAAUUCAUUCAAGUAUUCUUCAUGUGCUUAUCACCUGACUGUCCCCUGAAUUUGGGAUUUUUUACAAAGUACAUAAAAAGUAAUGCAACAAUUCCUACAUGGUGUUGCCUAGACCAGGUAGGUGGGUGUUGCCUCAAAAUAACUGCUGUCCAUCAUGGGAGACCCUGUUGAAAGGUGAGAGUUGUGUUGUUAAAUACAAAAUUUAGCAGGAAAUGUGUUAUAUGUAGUAUAUGUGGAAAGCUCUGUCCAUAAGCCCACAGAAAUAACUUUUUCCCAACACUGAUGGUUUUGUGCAACAGGCAGGCCAUUUCUUCAAAAUGGUCAUCUUGGGAUGUUGAAAUGGAAAGUGCAAAUGGAUAGUUCCUUUGUACUUGCUGUACAGUACAUUCCUUAGUUGGGUGUCACAAAUAACACAUGAAUACAGAACAGGAUAGGACAUACAUGUAACUAUGUAGUCACUGAACAAGGAAAACUAUAAUAAAGUUUAUAUAAUAGUUAAUAAUAUAAUUAUGUCAAUUAAAGUUUAAGUCAAUACAAUGCAGGAAAGCUCUAUAAAUCUUUGUUUAUAGUGUAUAUUGUACAUACUAUAUAUAAAUAUAUUACUGUCAAUAAAAUCAAGAUAUAUUUAA